UUGUAAAUUUAAUUAUCAGCAGUAUAAACAUAUUACACAAAAAAAAAAUUACAGAAAGCAUGGAAAUUUUAAAUUAUUCAGAUUUCUACCUAAUAGAAAACAAGGAAAGUCUGCAGAAGGUAAAAGAAAAAACGCAAGUAGUAAUCCAUAAAAUUUUAGGCAAGCGCAAAUGUUUUCAUUUUAAAGACAGGAUCGCAUCCGGCCAGAAUUCCGCCGGAAUUUACCGGAUAAAUUCGGCCGGUAGGACGUUCGGACUCCUGCCAAUCCGGUAAGCAGUAACUUCAACCGUUGCAAACUCUGCCGGAGCAGUAAGACAGAUGAUCAAGGGAAAGCGAUUGUAUUUUAGACAAUUAGAUCCAGCUUUUAACGAAGAUGCUGGAUGUUACUAUACACGUCGAACAUGCAAAAAAAGGGCACUGCCUCGAUGCUGCAGCUGGAGUUAAAUAAUAUUGAAGAUGCGGUUGAAGAAUUCAGUACCGAAACUAAAACAAAUAAUACAGUAUGUGAGACUUCAGUGGACGAAAAUCAGAUCAGCUGUGAAGAUGAAAUUGUUCAAGACACGAAUUUUGAACCCGUUGCAUCUUAAGAUGCAAAGUGAAUGUCAGGAAAACUUGGCGGAAUCAAACGAAGUAGGACAAGCGUCUUCAGCCGAUUACGCAGGAUUUUUUGCUGUUGGUUCGCACUCUUUACAUCAUAAAUUAAGCAAUGAUAAUCGAGUAAUGUUCGAGAAAUCCGGGCUAAACGUCGGCCAAGUUGUUAGUGCACCUGUAGCUUUUGAUUUGAGAUUCCACCAGACACAGACAGAAAGAUUAUAUUUCUUUGAUGUUUUAAAGAUGUUGGCAGGACUGGAAUUUGCUAAUUUGAGUAUAAGAAAUCAUAAAAUUAAUAUGGCAUUUGAUCCAACGGAUGAUAAGAUUAUUAUUUAUCACUUUUAUUGCACAGCUUGUCACGUUCUAUUGCAUUCUUCAACAAAAAAAGUUUAAGAACUGCUCAGUAUUACGUCGGAAGUGUAAGGAGAUGUUCGACAUAAGCUUUACGUCUUCCAAUUUAUUUGUAAAGUUAAGUCUGAAGCACCAACUUGAAACAUUACUUGAAAGACUCGAUGUUCGAAAGCAUUUAUCAGAAGCACUAAGAUUAGGACACGUUGUUCACGAUUCAGAAUAUAUCUCUGACAUUCCGGAUGGUAAGUUACACAAAAAUCUAAUGCGUUAUGAUCCGGAGAUUUUGUCUUUUAAUAUGAGCUUGGACGGAGCACCCGCUCAUAAUGCCAAAACUGGAUUCUGGCCACAUUCAGCAAUUUUAAAUGAUUUUCCACCGAAAAUAAGAUUCAAAACUAUUUUACUAGCAAGUGUUGUGGUUGUAAAGGAAGAACCAUCGCAUGCACUUCUAAAUUUAGUUUUAGACAGCUUUGUUGAGGAAUGCAAUGAAUUAAGUACGGACGGUGUCGAGAUUAUCGAGAAUGGCGAAAAAAUAAAACUAAGAUUUGCACCUUUAUGCUGUCCGAUAGAUUCAGCCGCUCGCCCAGUAAUUCAAAAUAGAGCGAAAUAUAAUGCGUUUUACGGAUGUUCCUACUGUCGUCUUCGAGGAAAGCAUGCUGAUGGUGCUGUAAAAUUUCCGUACAUUAAGAAGCCUGUUUUAAGGCUUCACGAAGCUAACUUUGGAGACGUAUUUCAACUUUUGACAUGAUCUGGGGGUUUCCCAUUGAAUACUUACACAAUACUGUUACAGGUUCUGCCAAAAGAACAUUCGAGUUAUGGGAACACUUAAAACUAUUACCACUUUCAGUUAGAAAAAUAAUCGACGAGCGAUUAAUGGCAAUUCAGCAAACUCAUGAAAUCACAGGCUACCUUACAAGUUUUCAGAGCGGGGAGCAUGGAAAGCGACUCACUGUAAGGGUUGGCUAUUAUUUUUUAGUUUUCCUAUUUGCACGGACUUGAUUCAAUCCGAAAUAUUGCGAAUGUAUGCGCUUUUUGUAAGAAGCAUCUUUAUUCUACUAAAAAAAAUCGUUUCGAAAGGCGAACUUCGACAGUGUGAAAAUGAUCUCGACGAAUUUGUACACAGCUUUCAGAUCUUAGGCGAUACCCCAUUAAUGCGAUUUAAUAUACAUUUGACUCAACAUCUUGUACAGUCUGUUCGGUAUUCAGGGCCAUCAUGGGCAAAUUCUGCAUUUCCCUACAAAGGUUUCAUAUUUUCGUUAAAGCAAUUGGCAAAUGGUACGAAAGGCAUUGACCAACAAAUGUCUAAAAAUUCAUUCAAAUUGCUGCAUUAUAAAUGCAAUAUAGUCAAAACUUCCCUUCCACUUAUUAUAAAUUUAAAAACUUAUUAUAAAGAAAACAUGGUUGAGCAGAUAUCUAAAUUUUAAUUCAUCUCAUCCAAACUUCCAUAAAAUUGGUGUAGUAAGAGGUUUGUUUUUCCGAAUUCUCCGAAUUUCAGAUCCAGAAUUCAGGCCCAAAAAUAUCAAACAUAUUAAAGAUACCUUAAAAGACAAUGGAUACCCUUCACAUUUAAUUGAUGACUGUUUAAAAAAA